AUGGAAGAAAAGAGGAUCAGAAUGAUCAAAAAGCAGAAUGGAGAGAUUCCUUGGUGGGUGGAAGACGAGGAAGACUCUGUCGAACCGGCUCUCACGUAUGAAGAGCAACAGAAAUGUAUUGAGGAGCUGAAACGUGCACUUGAAAUCCGCCGGGCUGAGAACAAUGCUAUCCGAAAUGACCAUCAGUUCUUGGAUGGAUAUUGGGAUGGCUGGCCUGAACUCCGUCUUGGCAAAUGGGAAAGUGAACUCAAACUUCGGACAUGGGAUUGUUGGACAUGGGGAUUGCAUUAUUGCAUUGACAGCAGAAGAAGCAAGUGCGAAGCCCUGUCUAAAGAGCAAAAAAAGGAUGUAAUUGAGAGCUUGAAGGGAUGGGUUGUUCAAGAAGACUUCGACAACACGGUUUCACGGCUCCCUCCUAAUAUAAGGUAUUCCAUCUUGGGCAGCUUUGCUUCAAUGAUCAUUUUCAAAGAUUGCCUGAGGUUAUUCUGGUCAAAUCCCUUCUGGUAUUUGGAUCUAGAUGGUGAAUUCUCAAACGGCGAAGGCGUUGAAGCCCCUCUCGGUGCCCGUUUGAAUGCCCUGUACAAAGAGUUUGAGAAAGCGGAGACACGGCUUGUUCACCAUUGGCGGGCGCAGACAGUACGCCUGGCUAAUGUCAGAUACCUCAGCCAUAUCACGAUAUGUGAUACUGGCUUUGGGCUCGCAAAUGAGGCUCUCCAAAAAUCCAAGGCUUUUCAAUUUGCCGCCGCUAGACUCAAAGACAAGACCUUCCGAUGCCUACUCAAAGACGAAGACGAAGACGAAUUGAAGGAAAGCCUCGGCCAUGUAUACUUGAGGAUGUCUGAAUUUGCAAAGAACAUAGCCCCAUCGCAGCCAUUACUGAAAUGGCGACUUUAA